AUGAAUCUCUUUUCAUUAUCUAUCUAUCUAUCUAUCUAUCUAUCUAUCUAUCUAUCUAUCUAUCUAUUUCAGUUUCUUCAAUAUCUAUCUAUCCAUCUACUUAUUUCCUUUCUUUCUUCUUUUCACCCUUCAUUCAUUUUAGUUCACAUUCUUCAUUUCUCCUUCCUUCCCUCUUUUUCUUUUAGUCGUAUCAUUCUAUUUUUCCUUUCUUUCUUUCUUUCUUUCUUUCUUUCUUUCUUUCUUUCUUUUAAAUUCAUCACCUUCCUUCAUUUCUUCAUUCCAGUCGCCAUUCAUUUUAGUCACCGCCAUUUUCUCCUUCCUCCUCGCCUUCCUACAUUUAUACUUCCUUCCUUCAUUUAUUUUAGACGCCAUUCAUCAUUUUCCUUCCUUCCUUCUAGUCGCGUUCGUUCAUUUCUCUUUCUAUCUUCCAUUCAUUUUAGUUGUAUUCACUUCUUUCUUUCUUUCUUUCUUUCUUUCUUUCUUUCUUCCUUUCUUUCUUUCUUUCUUUCUUUCUUUCUUUUGAAUCGCCUUCCUUCAUUUAUCCUUCUCUUCUUCUUUUCUUCAUUUAUUUCAGUCGCCUUCCUUCCUUCCUUCUUUCCUUCCUUCCUUCCUUAUAGUCGCCUUCCUUCAUUUCUCUUUCUUUUUUCUUUCGUUCAUUUUAGUCAUAUUCCCUUUCUUUCUUUCUUUCUUUCUUUCUUUCUUUCUUUCUUUCUUUCUUUCUUUCAAACUGUUCAUUCAUUCAUUUUUUCUUUCUUUCUUUUUUUACCUUUUCAUCGCAUCUUCACGCCGUUCCUUCCUUCCUUCCUUCCUUCCUUCCUGCCUUGCUUCCGUCCUUCCUUCCAGUAUUCUUUCUUUCUUUCUUUCUUUCUUUCUUUCUUUCUUUCUUUCUUUCUUUCUUUCUUUCUUUCUUUCUUAACUUUUUCAUCGUAUCUAGUUCUUCACACCGUUCUUUUCUUCUUCCUUCCUUCCUUCCUUCCUUCCUUCCUUCCUUCCUUCCUUCCUUCCAGUAUUCAUUCAUUCAUUCUUUCUUUCUUUCUUUCUUUCUUUCUUUUAUUCUUUCUUUCUUUCCUUUUUCAUCGUAUCUAUAUUCUUUCUUUCUUUCUUUCUUUCUUUCUUUCUUUCUUUCUUUUUCGGCCAUUUACUUCUUUUCUAAUUAAUCACCCUCCCAACUUCCUUUACAAACAACACGUGUGUCUCUUAUGUACGAGAUGUGGCCGAAAAUGCAGUUUCUGCAUGAUGUAUUUCGGCCACAUCAAAAGGUCAAUCCCUUAUCUUUUCACAAUCAAUCACUUCUGUUUUCUCGCUUUUAGUUGCUUUCUCCUCUUGAUCUCUGCCCUUUCCUCUUGCUCUCUGCUCUUCCCCCUUGCUCUCUGUUCUCUCUGCUUGCUCUUUGUUGUCUUUUCUUUCCACUUACUCUCUUCACUUACUUCUUGCUGUCGAUCUUUCCCUCAUGCUCUUUAUCAGUUCCUCUUGCUUUCCUUCCUCCUCCCUUGCUCUCUGUCCUCCCUUGUUACUCGCCACCCUACUCUCUUACUCUCCCUUCUUCCCUCUUGUUCUCCCCUCGUGCUGUCACUUUUUCCCUUCUUGCUCUCCCAUCUUUCAUCUGGCUCUCAUUUCUUCAUUCUUGCUCUCCCCUCUUGCUCUCCCUUCUUCCCUAUUGCUCUCCCCUCGUGCUGUCACUUUUUCCCUUCUUGCUCUCCCAUCUUUCCUCUUGCUCUCAUUUCUUCAUUCUUGCUCUCCCCUCUUGCUCUCCCUUCUUCCCUCUUGCUCUCACCUCGUGCUGUCACUUUUUCCCCUCUUGCUCUCCCAUCUUUGCUCUUGCUCUCAUUUCUUCCCUCUUUCUCUCCCCUCUUGCACUCCCCUCGUGCUGUCACUUUUUCCCUUCUUGCUCUCCCAUCUUUCCUCUUGCUCUCAUUUCUUCCUUCUUGCUCUCCCCUCUUGCUCUCCCUUCUUCCCUCUUGCUCUCCCUCGUGCUGUCACUUUUCCCUUCUUGCUCUCCCCAUCUUCCCUCUUGCUCUCAUUUCUUUUCUUCAUUCUUGCUCUCCCUUCUCCCCUCUUGCUCUCCCUUCUUCCCUCUUGCUCUCCCCCUCGUACUGUCACUUUUUCCCCUUCUUGCUCCCCCCUCCCAUCUUUCAUCUGGCUCUCAUUUCUUCAUUCUUGCUCUCCCCCCUCUUGCUCUCUCCUUCUCUUUCCCUCUUGCUCCCCCCUCGUGCUGUCACUUUUUCCCUUCUUGGUCUCCCAUCUUCCCUCUUGCUCUCAUUUCUUCAUUCUUGUUCUCCCCUCUUGCUCUCCCUUCUUCCCUCUUGCUCUCCCCUCGUGCUGUCACUUUUUCCCCUCUUGCUCUCCCAUCUUUGCUCUUGCUCUCAUUUCUUCCCUCUUUCUUUUUCCCCUCUUCCUCCCCCUCGUGCUGUCCUUUUCCCUUCUUGCUCUCCCAUCUUUCCUCUUGCUCUCAUUUUCUUCCCUCUUUCUCUCCCCUCUUGCACUCCCCUCGUGCUGUCACUUUUCCCCUCUUGCUCUCCCAUCUUUCCUCUUGCUCUCAUUUCUUCAUUCUUGCUCUCCCCCUCUUGCUUUUCCCUCUUGCUCUCUUUCCUCGUGCUGUCACUUUUUCCCUCUUGCUCUCCCCAUCUUUGCUUUUGCUGUCAUUUCUUCCCUGUCAUUUCUUCCUCUCCCUCUUGCACUCCCCUCGUGCUGUCACUUUUUCCCUUCUUGCUCUCAUUUCUUCCUUCUUCUCAUUUCUUCCCCUCUUGCUCUCCCUUGCUCUCUUCCCUCUUGCUCUCAUUUCUUCCUUCUUGCUCUCCCCUCUUGCUCUCCCUUCUUCCCUCUUGCUCUCCCCUCGUGCUGUCACUUUUUCCCUUCUUGCUCUCCCAUCUUCCCUCUUGCUCUCAUUUCUUCAUUCUUGCUCUCCCCUCUUGCUCUCCCUUCUUCCCUCUUGCUCUCACCACGUGCUGUCACUUCUCCCCCUUGCUCUCCCAUCUUUCCUCUUGCUCUCCCAUCUUCCCUCUUGCUCUCCCUUCUUCCCUAUUGCUCUCGCCUCGUGCUGUCACUUUUCCCCUCUUGCUCUCCCAUCUUUGCUCUUACUCUCAUUUCUUCCUUCUUGCUCUCCCAUCUUCCCCCUUCUUCCCUCUUGCUUUCUGCUUUUGCGUCUUGCUCUCUGUUCCCUUAUCUUUCCUUUUUCUCCCUUCUCUCACUUCUUGCUCUCUACCUUUCCCCCAUAAUCCUUUUCCGUUCCUCUUGCUUUAUUCCCUUUUAUUUUCCUUUUAUUUUUCUCUCUGUUCUCCCUUCCUACUAUCCACUCUUCUCCGUUGCUCCCCUCUCUUUCCCACUUACUCUCUGUCUUUCCCUGUUUUUUUCUCCUUCUUUCUUGCUCCUUUAAUUUCUUCUUAUGCCCUGCACUUCUCUCUUGCUCUCCGUCCACCCUCUUUGCCUCUUUGCCUUUCUUUUUCUCAACAUCACUCUCCCUUCUUGCUCUCUGUCUUUGCCUCUUGCUCGCCUAUAUUUUCCUUUUGA